GCCCGAUCCUGCUGCGCAUGCUCGGCGCCCACUGCCCGGCGGGGACCUGCGCUCCGGAGCCCCGGCGGUUCGGCCCUGCACCCGGCCUGGGUGUCCCGCGCCCGGCCAUGACGGCGCACUCCUUCGCCCUCCCGGUCAUCAUCUUCACCACGUUCUGGGGCCUCAUCGGCAUCGCCGGGCCCUGGUUCGUGCCGAAAGGACCGAACCGCGGAGUGAUCAUCACCAUGCUGGUGGCCACCGCGGUCUGCUGUUACCUCUUCUGGCUCAUCACUAUCCUGGCUCAGCUGAACCCCCUUUUUGGGCCGCAGCUGAAAAAUGAGACCAUCUGGUACGUGCGCUUCCUGUGGGAGUGACCACUGCCACUUUGGCCCCAGGUCCCCCAUCUCUCUGGAUGACUUUGGCUAUACUGUCCCUGAUGACCCCUUUGUCCCCACCCUCACAGCUGUAUUGGGUCCCUCCCUGCUUCCUCCCCCAGGAUCUGCCUGGUUCCAGGAGCUAUGCCUUCUCCAUCCCGUCUGGGCCUUGGGAAGCCCCAAGCUAAGUCAGGCUGGAGCAGAAGAUAUCCAGCCCUCAGACUGCCCCCUGCCCCUCCCAAGCAGAUCCCAGCCAGGAGCUGACAAGAGUGGGGCUGGGCUUUUACAAUUGAGGCAGCCCCAGAAAGGCCGCAUGUCCUCUGGAGAAGGGGUGUUCAACCCGGGAUGCUCCAAGCCUGGGGCGGGCUGGACCAGGGAGGGGGCCCUGGGUGGGGAGUCAGCUCUACCACUGUCCUGCUGUGCACUCUGGGAAGCAUCUCUGCCUCCAUGGGCCUCCUCCCCUGUGAGGUGGAGAGGCCCGAUCAGGGCGUCACAAAGGCCUUUCCUGGGAUUCUUUAAUUUUCAGACACACAUAGAUAUGAAACUUAGGAAAAAGUUGAAGUAAUGGAAAAACAUUCACACAUAAAAAGCAACACACUAACUUGUAUCAGGAUUGAAACUGAUAUGUUUAGGAUUCUUUGUAGUCAUAAAGUCACUUAACUGGGCUUCCUCAGAAAGCUGUCCCUCAGCAUAACCUAUUCACCUUCCUCCCCCGUCUUGGCCCCUCCUCUGUGGAUAAGCUCCCACAGCUUGGGUGGAAGCUCAGUCUGAGCACUACCCCAGACCUGGAUUCCCUCCUUUGACUGCAGUGGGGUGGAUUUCAGACCCCCCACCUCCCAAUAGCAGCAGCUAGGUCACCUGGAGUUAGGGAGGAGGAGAGAGACCCUCCUGGGAGUGGGAGUGGUUUGGGCACCACCAGGGCCCAGUGGGCCCAUCCUGGCCCCUGAGGCCAGCACCAGACUUGUCUGCCCAGAGUGAGGACACCUGGAAGACAGAAUAUGCAGGCAUCAGACUACAGGGAAGCCAGGACCCCCGCCCGUGCCCUUGCUCCUCCCAGGAGAGUUGAGGCUGAGACCUCAGGCACUCGCCCACCCCUGCUCUGCUACAUCACCUCCCUGGGGGAGGACACCAAUCUUGAAUAUUUAUUGAGUGUAUUUAUUUGAUUAACAUUCCAUUUAGUGGGCAUUAUCUUUGGAACAGUGAUCAAAUGUGAUAGGUGUCACAUAGAUUUCUUCGUUCUGGGCUCGGCCUGUGGCUCAGAGCUCCACUGGGGCCUCCCUUUGACAUCCCACCUCACCCCCCUUUCCAGCUCCCUUCCUAUCCUGACCUCUGGCCCUCCUGGAGCGGGGAGCAUUGAGUGUGGGUUGUAUUGCAAACCCAGUCCACGUCUAGUGGCCAGUGAGUGGUGGCAACAUCCUGGCUGAGGCCCAGUCUGCUGGCUGCCACUCCCCUACCCACCCAAUUCCCAUGUACUCCGUGGGUGGAUUGGGGGCGCAGAAGGGGGGACUGGCAGCUGCUUGGAGCUACAGCUCUGCAUCAUGGACUCUGAAAACUACAUCUUCCUGAGACCUGAAGGAGAAAGUCUGGCUGUUCCGGGUUCUGCCCAGAAGCAGUCCUGGCGGGAGAAGAAAGACACUGGAUUAUCGAAGUGGAACUCUGACCACCACUCAUCUGUGCCCCAGAUACAGAGCGCACAGCUCCUGAGGCUGAGCAAUAAAGCAGGCCCCCCAAAUCUCCA